AUGCCGGGGCCAUCCUCGCUCGAACUGUCUGCAGCGCUGGAGCAGCGCAUCCUUGCCGCAUCGUCGGUGCUGCGCCUCACCCCCGGCGCCUUCCUUGCUCGUCUCCUCUCGCAGCACUACAACACAAUCGGCGGCCUCCCACGCGAUCUGCUGCGCUAUAUAUUCACCUUCCUCGACUACUCGACCAUCUCCGCCACUCUCACGCGCGUCUGCCGGUUCUGGCAGGACUGCGUGCUCGAGGACCCGCUGCACUUCUUCUCCCGUCUGCGUCAGAUGCACGGCAUCCACCUCCUCGACCCAGCGCACGGCCUCUUUUACUUCCCGAGAUCGCUGAAGCGGGUGGCGAUGGAUUCCAGGGCGGGCGCGUCUUCGCCCACGUCCGUGGCCGUCGCGGCUGCAUCAUCCUCCAGCACCAGCUUAGGCGGUCGUACGACAGCGGCCGCUUCAGGCGCCGGUGGUACCCACCAGGGGCUCAUCCCAGCCGUGAGCUCCCGCACCAGCGCGGUCAGCAGGGCGCUGCAGCAGCAGGACGCGAGCAGCGCCCAAGUCGUUCCAGCCUCCUCCUUCCUCACGGUCGACAUCCGCACGCAGAACACCAAGUCACUGCCUUGGGGCCACGUGCGCGAAGCGGUGCAGUGGGCCAUUGCGGGAGAGCGGUUGGUCUAUGGUGAGGUUCGCACGCCUGGCCUGCAGCAGCCGGAAGAUCCGGUGUGGUCGCAGGCGGCCACCGUCGCGUAUGACCGUCGCAUCUACAUGUUUGGGGGAGAGACGUACGAAGGCGUCGUUCUCGACCGCGCGUACGAGUAUGACCCCAUGACGAGGCACUGGGGGGUGUUGCCCGCUCUCAGCGAGAAGCGGGCAGCCGCGAGUGCCGUGGCGUACAGGGGCCACAUCUUCGUGUUUGGCGGCUACAACACGGAGGGAGGUGUGCUGGACACGUACGAGGUCCUGGAGGUGGAGACGCGCACGUGGAUGUCACAGAUACACCAGCCACAGUGCUUCUUUAAGCGGCGACAACAACAGAAACACUGGCGGCAGCAGACGCACACGCAAGCAGAUGCCGCGGCGGCCCCAGAGACAGUGCACCGAGAUGAGUGUGUCGUGCAUGAAGGCAACAACGGCCACGCCCGAAGAACUGACUGGUUCUCCCACGCGACAUGGCCGUUUUCGGCAGCGCCACCGCCAGAGUGGACGGGUUCCAGUGGUCGAUCGGCGGUGUCGAGUCAGUACCGGAUGCCGGAGAAGGUGUGCGGCACCGCUGUCACUGUGCACGGAGAUAUGUUUCUAUUCGCCGGAGGCCACCAGAGCUGCAUCGCACCGGAGCAGACCGCUGUGAGCUACUCGGCAGUGAACAGCGCGGCGACCACACCGAUGCAUGCCGUCCCUGUCGGGGUAGGCGGUGGCGCAAGUAGCGACAUCGCGUCCUCGGCAACGAGCACCAGUACAGUGAACACCCCGCAGCGCCUGCCGCGCGUUGGGUCGAUCAGCGUUGUAGGCCAACCGACGGCUGAGUCGUUUGUGUGGAUCUUCUGUCCCCGAACGGGCCGAUGGUGGACUCAAGGGCCACGCUUGCCCUCACCGCGCGCGUUCGGCGCCAUGACAGUGCUCGAGCUACCCAUACUCGGCCCGUGCCUAUGCUACUUCGGCGGCUGCGCCACGGCCGAUACGCCCGAGACGGCGAUGUUCUACAUUCCUCUGUGCCCCGCAGCGGAGACGCGUGCGCUCGCCGACGCUGAGUGGAAGGACUGCGCCGACGAUGCCGCCAGCAGAUCACCCGAUGCCUCCUCUCCUCCGAACGCGGCCGUCACCCAGGCGGCGAGGAAGAGGCAGGACGGCACGGGUGGAGAAGGCUCUGACGCAACAAAGCCCCCCGGCGCCACUGCGAUGACGACUGUUACCGGGAGGCGUCUGCGACGAACCGCUGCUACGCUAACGGGGGAGGAAGACGCGACUGGCGCUGAGUCGCAGCGAGAGGCAGCAGGAGCGCGGGGUGCGGUGCGCAGAGGCUACAGAGGUGCCCGAGCAGCGCCGGUUGCUGCCGUGGGCAGCGAUGUCGUUGCCCACACUGAUCCAUCUGAUGCAGAGCGCAGCGCAACAGGAGCACCCUUCCGAGCCGCCACCGGCGAAAGCGAAGGCAGCGUCAGUUGCGGCCGUCGAACUGCGCAUAAGCCGCUGCAGGUCACGCCGACCACGCACAUUACACCCAGGCACCUUCGCCGCAGCGAGGUGGAGUGCGUGCGAAACGUCAGUAGACCGGUGGCCAACGCGGACGUCGGCCGCGCCUUUGGAAGCGGCGGCGGUGAUGACGGCACCGUCUUGCCUGGCGCAGAGGCGGACACAGCAAUGAUAUGGCGGUGUUUCCGAAACCCGAAAGAGCUGCCGUGGCAGCGGUACGUGCGCAUCCCCAUCGGCGGCGCCUUUACCUCCGUCGUCGUCCUCGGUGCCCAGCACUCCCGCUCGCUGGUACUGACUGGCUUCUACCCUGCACCGAACAUCGGUUACUGUAAGGUGAACCACCUUCUCCCUCUCGAUGCCUUUCUUCCGCUGCUGGGUGCACUCUCGUCGCCGCCGAGCGCACGGGCAAGCACGGAGCGGCCUCCGCCGAUCGGCCAAGAUGCGGCGGUCGUUCGUGCGCGGGGCAACACCCCACCGCCACCGACGUCUUCGCAGUCGUCCACUGCGGCUGGCUCGCCACCAGGUGCCGUCGGGGCAGCAGCGGCCGCCUCUUCCUUCCCUACGCUGCAGCUGAACUCCAGCCUGCAUGACGAGGCCGCCGUGGCUUUUAAUCACCGGCACCAAGAGCGGGAGUGGAACCACCAUCAGCGGCAAGAGAUACGGGAGAUGGUACGCUCUGCCGCGCACGCCGCCACGAUGCGGCACCCGCGGAAUCCACAGACGGCCGGCGAGGAGCACAAGUGGAGUCUCGCACCAGUGCCGGAGGUGCGUGUCGCUAGCUUCAACGGCACCUCGCUCCUGCGCGUGUCGUGGAAGGUGCAGACGCUGAAUGCGAAGGUCAUUGUUGGCGUUGAAUAG